AAAUACAUGUGUAAUAGUGUGUUGGACUCUGUAAGUGGAUCCUCAUUGGCAGCAGCACCAUCACGUGAUGUCCCAUAGCAACCAUGAUAGCAACCGCUGAGUGUCACAGUUCCGCUCUGAGUGCAGACCGACUCCUCUCAAAUAAAACAGCCGCACUUUAGAACUCUUAUGCCGGCUUAAUUUUACUUAACACUGGCCUUACGGUGAAGACAACGGCCCCUCUUAUCUCAAAUAUAAUUGUGGGAGGGUUUUUAAAAGAGGGCGAGCUGAAAAACCAUGAGUCACCUCAACCCAGGACUUAUUUCAGCAUACAACAGUCUCACAGACAGACAUCUGGCAGGAUACUUCAGCAACACUCGGAUCAGGAGACACCUGCAGAGAGCAGGACUGAUCACAAGGAGUGGGCGCAUUGUUCCAGACAAGGAGUACAGACACAAGCUGAUCCAGAGAGCGCACCACAGACACGUCCGAGAAUGCCUGGCCCAGGCCAUCUUCCACAAGGUGCUGGAGAUGGAGCGUGUUCAUCAAAUAGAGAUCAAAAGGAAACUGGAGGAGUUUGCAAGGAGGGAAAGGGUGCAUAAGAUCAAAGUGGAUCGCUCUAAAAGAUAUGAAGAAGAGAUCAUCCGUAUCUUGUCUCCACGCCCACCCACGGGUGCCCGAGGCAUCCGGAAACAGCACUCUGGUCCAGAGGGGGAGCACUCUGAGUCCUCUGAAUCUCCGGGCUCGUCUCGACCCAACACGGCUCCGGGGAAGAUGCAGCGGCCGGUGCGUCUGAAGCCGAUCGGCAGUAACAGCACCACCGCCUCGCUCAGACGCAGCUCCCCUUACAGACUGCUGGAGUCGUCCAAUGAGAACGAGCAGACGCUCAACAGCACUAUGGAGAAGGAGUCCCGGAGAUAUCGGACCACAGCCGAGCCCCCCCGUGGCAUCUCACCCUACUGCCUCCCCGUCAUCAACAACUUCGUCACCCCGGUGCCUCCCUCCACGAAGAGGAGAGAGACGGGGGUGAAGGUCACUCCCAGCGGGACGCUCCGAGGCCGCAGACUGCGUCCCACCACCGCCUCCAGCGGAGUGGACGCCUACGAGGACCCCCCCAUGCUGAGGAGCUCUGUGCUCCAGAGCAGAGUGCGUGUGAACAUGAUAUACUUUGGCAAAACGGUGCAUCUCUCUCAUGACCUGACCGACAUGAGGGAUGAGGUCAAAGUGUUUCAGCAGCACUGUGGAGGAGAGAACCUGUGUGUUUACAAGGGCAAGCUACGAGAGGGAGAGACUUUCCAGUUCAUUUCCAGGCGGCACCGAGGUUUCCCGUUCAGCUUGACCUUCUUCCUGAACGGGCUGCAGGUGGAGCGGCUCAGCUCCUGCUGCGAGUUCAAACACAGGAAGGGCUCACGACUGGGCGGCAGGCACGGACACUUUGGCUUCUGCGGAGUGGAGGGGGCUUCUCCGUGCUACAAGUGCAUCAUAGCAAUGGGACUGGACAAGAAGCCCACUCCUCCACCAAAGAGAGUCAAAGAUGAUGGAGUAAGAGAGGAGUCAGUGUCCAGCCUGAAGGAGGCUCCUGUGAUGGAGACAGAGAGGACUGCAGACAACGAGUCAGAGUGUGAAACCAGCCGACCUCAGGACAUGGAGACUGAAGUCAAAGAGGAAACGGCAGCGGAGGAGGACCAAGUCAGAGAUGAUUAUGAGGAAGACUUUGAAGCAGAUGACGAGGGCCCUGUGGAAGAUGCUGAAGUAAAAGUGAAGAAAUCCCCAUCUCCUUCUCAAGAAACUGAAAGCCGGGCUUUAGAGGGAGACGACUCUGAGACCGAGGACGACGAGAGGGAAGAUGACAUAAAGUCGGCUUCAGGCUCCAGCUCCUCAGACAGUGAGCGGGAAGAGAGCGAUGCUGAGGAACACAUUAAAGAAGUCCACCAGGAGGAAAGUGCUGUUCCACUAGAAGCUGCCACUGAGGAGGCCAUACCUGCUGCGCCUAAAGACUCGGACAAACUGGACACUGCGGGGGACAGUACCGAGAUAGAAGUGUGUGAAACAAGUGUCCCCUCGGCCAAUGAGAAUCAACAAAGUGAAGAAAUCUCAGCAGAAAAAGACGAGGAGAAAAUGGUAGAUGAGAGCAAAGCGGAGCAGGAGCAGGAGAGGGCUAAAUCUGUGCAGGAGAAGUUGGCAGAAGCCAUCCUGAAGGAGUCCCAGUGCAGCUCCGAGCCCGAGCUGAGCGACACCAGCACCGAGGAGGAGGAGGAGGAGUCCUCAGAGAAAGGCCCUGAACCGGACAGCAAGGAUGCAGUUGCAGUGAAAACUAUCACCUUGACAGAAGAGCUACAGGCCGUUGUGGAGGAGACAACAUGUGAGGAAGAGGCUGUUUGUGAAGCUGAAGAAGUACAAGAGACGUCUGACCCAAAAGAACAAGAGGAAGAAUCUGAACUGGAACCCCAGGAGAAAAAAGAUGUUCCUAAAGAUGUGAAAAUCGAAGAGGGAAAUGAAAAGGACAAAAACACAGAGAAUGUUAAAUCAGAGGAGGCAGAAGAUGCAGCUACAGCUCUGCAUCGUGUAUCUGAAGAGGAAAUGGCUGAGGAAGACAAGACUUCAGGACAUCAAGAAUCAGCUAAAUCAGCCAAUGAGGAGGCUCUAGAGAAAGACAAAGAAACCGAGGAGGAAAAUGACGUGGAGGUUGACACGCGGCUCGACGAGACGGGACACGGGGCAAAAAGAAGCGAGGAGGAUGAGUCAUCGGUAUCAGAGCCGAAUCAAAUCCCUGAUGAGACAGCAGCGCCGGAUGAUGCAGAGGCGAUGACAGCCAGCGAGACAAAGGAGAUGAAAGCAGAGCCCUCAGAGGAGCGAGAGGCCCUCAGCUGUGAAGAGGCACCUGUAACCCACACAGAGACGAGGCAGCAGGGAGGCAGCGAGGACGCAGAGACUGAAGGCACAGCGGAGAACUCAAGCAGCUCCACGGAGGGCAGCGGAGACACCACGGUGGAAAAAAGUGCAUAUUUAAGUGAGGAGAAUGCUAAAGAGGAAAGUAGUAAAGAUGACAUUAAAGAAGCUUCAGCAGUAGAGGAGAGUAAAGAUGGCGUUGAAGAAGAGGAGGAGGAUGAGAGUAAGACGGAAGAAAGGAUAGAAAAGGAGGAAAUGAUUUCAGAGCGGACUGAAGUUGACUUUAAGGAUGAAGGAAAUGCAAAUGAAGAGCAGGCAGAGAAAUCCCAAAGUGAGGAAGAGGAAGUUGCAAAUAAAGAGAAGGCAGAUGAAUUAGAAAAGACAGAGAAAGACGAAGAAGAUGGUGAAAGUGCCAAGAAUAAAAGGGAUGAGGAAGAAUCAGAGGGAAAGGGAGAUAAAGCUAUUGAGAGUGAAAAGACAGAGGAGAACUUCCAGAGACUACAGACAGAGGAGAACUUCCAGAGACUGCAGACAGAGAAGAACUUCCAGAGACUCCAGACAGAGAAGAACUUCCAGAGACUUCAGACAGAGAAGAACUUCCAGAGACUGCAGACAGAGAAGAACUUCCAGAGACUGCAGGCAGAGAAGAACUUCCAGAGACUGCAGACAGAGAAGAACUUCCAGAGACUGCAGACAGAGAAGAACUUCCAGAGACUGCAGACAGAGAAGAACUUCCAGAGACUGCAGACAGAGAAGAACUUCCAGAGACUGCAGACAGAGAAGAACUUCCAGAGACUGCAGACAGAGAAGAACUUCCAGAGACUGCAGACAGAGAAGAACUUCCAGAGACUGCAGACAGAGAAGAACUUCUAG